AUGGAGACAAACGAAGAAAAUUCAAGAAAAAGAAAUGUAGAUUUGGUAGAAGUAACCGAAAAUAGUUCGGAAUCAGAAGAAGAAUAUGAAGAAUAUGCAACAAAUAGUUCUAACCGACAAUAUUCAACUAAAAAAAAAUCUAGACAGUUUGCUGAAAUAUGGAACUAUUAUCUUAGGGGAGCAGAAAAAAGUCAUGGGCAUUAUGAAGCUACUUGUUAUUAUUGUAUUUCUAAAAAAUCUUGGGCAAGGGGAAAACCAGCAACAUUAGAAGCGCAUUUGGCAAAUGAAUGCUCUAAUUGUCCUGAAAAUAUAUCACGAUAUUGGCGUGAAAAAGUAGCAGAAAGAAAUUCCAACUAUAUGUGA